AUGUGUAUUGAUAGUCGUGCCAUCAACAACAUAACUAUCAAAUACAGAUUUCCCAUGCCAAGGCUACAAGACAUGCUUGAUGAAUUAAGAGAUGAAUGGAAGACUGCUUUCAAGAUAAAGCAAGUUCUAUAUGAAUGGCUUGUAAUGCCAUUUGGACUUUGCAAUGCUCCUAGCUACAUUGUUUAUAGUGGAGUACAAGUUGAUCCCGAGAAGGUGAAAGCUAUCUCAACAUGGAAGGUACCCAAAGAUGUUCAUGAGGUUAGAAGUUUUCAUGGACUAGCUUCAUUUUACCGAGUCUUCAUCAAGAACUUUUCCACUCUUAUGGCGCCUUUAACGGAGCUGUUGAAGAAAGGUGCAACUUUCAAUGUGGCACUGGCUCCGGAAUUUGAACAACGGAGUUUAUGGUCUCCGGUAUGGGGUUUUCCCCUUCAGGGAAAGUUUGCCAAUUCAACAACGGGUGCUCCAUCUUCUGCAACACGAUGGCCAGUUUGGCGAGAACGUCCUUCAUAA